CCCAUUUCUCCUGUGUAUUUUUUUCAGGGGGGGGCCAUUGCAUGUGUGUGUGUGUGUGUCUGUGUGUGUGAAAAAAAGACCAGACUGUGUUUAUGAACUACAGAGGACUGAAAUUCCCCAGGAUGAAUCUACUGUUUGUGUUUACAUCAGUGCUGCUGGCACUAUUCUCUCUAGAUAGUGUGGAUUCUUCAGCUUAUGACAAGAUAGUCACCCACAGCCGCAUACGUGCCAGGAAUGAAGGACCCAAUGUGUGCGCUCUGCAGCAGGUCAUGGGCACCACGAAGAAGUACUUCAGCACGUGCAGGAACUGGUACAAAGGCUCCAUCUGUGGCAAGAAGGCGAUGGUCCUGUAUGAGUGCUGUCCUGGAUACAUGAAGCUGGAAGGCAUGAGAGGAUGCCCAGCAGUGGCUCCCAUUGACCACGUAUAUGGCACCUUGGGACUUGUGAAGGCUACAACAACCCAGCAAUACUCAGACAUAUCUAAGCUGAGAGAGGAAAUUGAAGGCAAAGGCUCCUUUACCAUGUUUGCACCUAGCAACGAUGCCUGGGAUCAACUGGACACUGUGGUACGGUCCGCGUUGGUGAGCAACGUAAACAUCGAGCUGUACAACGCUCUUCACUUCCACAUGGUGAACCGUCGUCUUCUGACCAAGGACAUGAAGAAUGGCAUGACUGUCACCUCCAUGUACAACGACCUGGGUCUCUACAUCAACCACUACUCAAAUGGGAUUGUUACCGUGAACUGUGCCAGGAUCAUCCAUGGUAACCAGGUGGCCACCAAUGGGGUGGUUCAUGUCAUUGAUCGAGUUAUCAGCGCCGUUGGAAACACCAUCAAAGAUGUCCUGGAAGUCGAUGAAGACCUCUCCUCCUUCAAUGCUGCAGCUUUGGCCUCCGGUAUGAUGGAGAAGCUGGGCAUGCCUGGCCAUUUUACUCUGUUUGCUCCGACCAAUAGCGCCUUUGACAAACUGGACCCUGGCUAUCUGGAGCGCAUCAUGGAAGACAAGGCUGUUAUUUCAGCCCUGGUGAACUACCACUUGUUGAACAGUGUGCAGUGUGCAGAGGCCAUCAUGGCAGGCACAGUGUAUGAGACAGAAGAGGGCAGCACCAUAGAGAUCGGCUGUGAUGGCGACAGUCUGACAGUUAAUGGCAUCAAGAUGGUGCUGAAGAAGGACAUCGUCACCACUAAUGGCGUCAUCCACCUCAUCGACCAGGUGCUCGUCCCCAACUCGGCCAAGGAUGUGAUGGAUCUGGUGAGCGAGUCCCAGAGCACUUUCAGUGACAUGGUGUCAGAGCUGGGCCUGGCAGCUGCCAUGGGCCCGAAGACAGAGUACACACUACUGGCUCCUCUCAACAGCGCUUUUACCAACGAGGUGAUGUCAAUAGACCAGAGCCUGCUGAAGCUCAUCCUGGAGAACCACAUCUUGAAGUUUAAAGUCACGCUGAGUGAGCUCUACAAUGGACAGCUGCUGGAAACACUGGCUGGCAACCUGCUCCGGGUCUUCAUUUAUCGCACUGCUGUGUGCAUAGAAAAUGCAUGUAUGGUGCGUGGCAGCAAGGAGGGAAACAAUGGAGCGCUCCAUCUGGUGAAAACUCUCAUCAAACCAGCCCAGAAAACCAUCUAUGAGAUCUUAAUCGCUGAUGGACGCUUCAAGAUUUUCCUGUCCCUGAUGGACAGUGCUGGUCUGACUGACAUGUUGAAGCAGGAAGGCUCCUACACUGUCUUUGCACCUACAGAUGAUGCCUUUGAUGGCUUAAGCGAGGAAGAUUUCAAUCUGCUCACCAGUGAUGCGAAUGCUUUGAGGACCAUUUUGCUUUACCACUUCAGCAAUGGCAUCUUCAUCAACGGCGGGUUAGAGGGAGGAGUCACCAAUUUGCUCAAAACGAUCCAGGGCAACAACCUGCAAGUUUUGUCGGUAAACAACACUAUCCAUGUGAACUCUGUGGAUGUGCCAGACAAUGAUCUGAUGGCAACGAAUGGUGUGGUCCAUGUGGUGAAGAACAUACUCUAUCCUGGGGACCUCCCUGUGGGCCGCGAGGACCUCCUGGUUCUUCUGAAGAAGCUUAUCAAGUACAUCCAGAUAAAGUUUGUGUCUGGCUUUUCUUAUGCUGAGAUCCCACUCACCUUCAUCAAGAGGACCAUCACCACUACAACCCAUAUUGUUGAAACGGUCCCUGAAAUAACCAAGGUGACCAGAGUCAUCGAAGGGGAGCCCACCUUCACCAAGGUUACCAGGGUCAUCGAUGGGGAGCCCUCCUUCACCAAGGUUACCAGGGUCAUCCAGGGAGAGCCCUCAAUCACCAAAGUAACCAGAGUCAUUGGAACACAUGGUGGUGAGCUGGAUGCAGAUGGAAAUUUGAGCAAGAUUGUGGAGGAAGAGGUAACCAAGGUUAAGAAGCUUCUGGAAAGCGAGAUUCACAAGUUCCAGGAGGAGGAGAUCAAGCGAAUCGUAGAGGGAGGUGGAACCGGCUACACCGGCGUGAACGAGCCUCAUAUCAUUGAGGGUCCGGACUUCUCUCAGAUCACCACCAUCCAUGGUAACCCAAAUCUGAUUGAUGCUGAAUCAGAGAGAAUCACCAAACUCAUUAAAGAGGGAGGGAGAGGCGCUCAAGCCAAGAGACCCCCAGUUGGUGUGAAGAGGAGAACAAGGCUGGUCAGACGUCACCCCAAGCCGAGGCAGUGAAUCCAGCACCUUCAGGCUCACAGUAGAGACCAACUGCAUCACCGGUGCUCCUGGUAGAGUACUGGAGGUUUGAAAAACUGUGGACCACUAGGGAGAGACACCAUCAAUCUAGCUAUUUCUUUCUCAAAACCACCAAUAAAAAUGAAUGUUUACUAUUCUAUCUGGACCAUAUGUGAUAAGCAUGAUGCAUUUUGGCAAUACAGUGAAAUUAGAAGUACCCUACAUGUAAGUAAUGUAAGUAUGCAAGGGAAAUAUGAAUUUUACUGUAGUGGUGUGAUGGUGGUGACAGUGUGAGCUUUAUUCUACCUUGGAGAGAUUUUUUUUUUUUUUAUUAAAUUGUUUUCUUGUCAUUUUUUUCAAACAGAUGGUAUAGGAAGAUUUUUGUAUGCUUUUUAUGGUGCUGGCAUUCUAUACAAUGGAUGCAUCUUUGAAUCUCUGUAAAUUAUCCAAUGCUAAUUAAAA